UAUCAGCCGGGCAUUAUGUCUCCUACUCCCGCUAACAGCGCCGGCUACAACAUCAUGGCGUCAGAGCCUGCAGCGGCGGGGACAGCGGCGGAGGAGCCCGCGGAAGCCGCCACCAGCGGGGCUGACAGAGGGGACGGCCGGGAGCCGGCAGAGAGGGACAAGACCCAACCUGGUCAGGCCCAGAAGAGACUGAACGUUCCACCCUUCUUUCUUACACCCCCGCCAGAGCUCCUAGGGGAUGUUGUGAGGGCGCAGUACAACAACCUGCCUUACAUGGCAUCCAUCAAUAAGAUGAAGAGGCUGCCGACUGGACAUUACUUAUGUUUGGAAAACUUUGAGGAGGUUCUAGAAAGAAGGCAGGCAGCCAAUGCCAAGGAAAGAGAGCGAAUCAGAAAUAUUAACAGUGGGUUUUCCAAGCUGAAGACCAUUGUGCCACUGAUCCCCAAGGACAGAAAGCCAAGUAAAGUGGACACCUUGAAAGCAGCCACAGAAUACAUAAGACUGCUUCACGAUAUCUUGGAGGAAACUGGAGGGUUUGAGAAAAUUGAAGAUGUUCCUGAUGUAGAAGCUCAUGAGAGGUACAUGGGGCCAUACCCUCUGAGGCCAGAGUUCGUGAACUCGCUCCCUGCUGAGUUCCAUGUUAAAUCUCUUGAAGAUAUUCAAGGUGGACUGCCAUUUGUUCUUAAGACUGAAGACCCCAUGGGUUUAUGGAGAGCCUCUGGCAUGUUUCCUGGCUAUCUGGGAAUUUUACAGAUUCAGAAGAAUGGCAAAAUGGAAUUCUCAAAGGAGAGGCAUGGUAGGAACAAGUGCAAGCAAAAGGAAUAAUAACACUACAUGACAAUAGUGAAGUAUUAGGCUUGCCAAGUAGUCUACAACAAUAAGGUAGGUUGACUAAACAGAACCUUAUUAACUAAACUAAAUCAAACAUUACUGUGCAUCUGCAGAAGUGCCUGAGUCUAAAGAAUGAGGUUAUUGCGAGGCAGUGGGGUGUUAUAAAGCUUUAAAUUCCCUCCAUUUGGCCCAAGUGAUUGAAAACUGAUGCAAGCAACCUAAAGCCGAAGCAAUAGAGCGCUCCAUGGUUCAGUUAAGAUGGGGCACAUUAGAUACUGGCGAUCAGGUACCUCCAUGCUUUUCCAUUUGGAUUUUACAAAGAAAAUCGUAUACUUUGCUCCACAAGGGUUGUAUUAUCCUGCAGUCCCACUAUACAUGGCACAGAGUGCCUAUUUGCGCACUAUGGGGCUGCCUGGAUAGAUCUUGGAAAGUCUGUAAGGGGUAAAAUACCAUUGAUACAGAAAUUUUCUGGUUUAUUGCAAAUGUGCAGCACUUCAGGAUACUCUAGCAGGUAAAUUGAAGGCAAAGGUCCAUUGUUGGUUGAAAAAUGAAAGCCCCCUAGUCCUGCUCCCAUUUGUGGCAACAGAGAAUAAGGUCAGAGUCAGAUGUGAGGGCACUAAAGGCUUUAGAGAUACCCUUGGUAGGGCACCAGGGCUUAGCAAAAUAUACACCAUACAAGAACUUAGGGCCAGAAAGGGAGAUUUUUAGGGAAAAUAUAUAAUACCUCACCUGGAGGAACUUAUAGAAGUCGGUAGUUGGGAGGUCAUAUUUUUGGGAGAGCUGUUAAAAUUACAUUAGUCCCGUCAAGCAUGUCUUGAUUCCACGCAGUUUCCAAGAAGUGAAAUUAAUGUCUGGCAUCUGCAGCUGCAUAACACCCAAUGGCAGCUCUCUAAGGGUCAAUGGAACUAAUGAUUCCUUAACUAUCAGAAGGGAGUUGCAGAGAUUGUCGGGUGAGUUGUGGCAGGGUUUUUGUCAGUAAGACUGGGUAGCCAUAAGGUGUUGUGUAAGGAAUCGGUGGAAAUGAAGGAGGACUCUGUCAACCCACAGUUUGGAUUCCUGAGUCCACCAGGCCCUCAAUUGGUCCAAGAGCCCUGCUUGGUGAUGCCUCUGGAGGUCUGGGCAGCCUAAGCCACCUCUAUCACUUGGUAGGCACAACAGCUUAGGAGAGACUCUCGCUCUUUGAUGCUUCCAAACAAAUUGCAGAGAGAGGAGUUGCAAAGAACUGAUUCUCGGUUUGGCUACAGUGACAGGUAGGUAUCCAUGAUAAAGGUAGGUUAGAGUAGUUGGCAAUAUCACGAGCGAGAAAGGAAGCCAGUGCCGCAUACCGUAGUUAACUGACUUAUCUAGAUAUGGCUUCUUACACACUGCUGCUGCGCCCCGACAAGAACUGCCAUCAAGCUUUAUUUUUUAUUUCCUCGAGUUUGACGAACACAGCAGGCAACAGCGGGUUCUGAUGGACCCCAUUAUAGUCAGAGGUCUGUCAGGCACUGCUGUUUUUCACCAGGAGUAGCUGGAGAAAAAGACGGCGCAAGCUGUAUUUUUUUUUUUUUCCCCCCCACUAUUUUCCCUGGCUACAAUGUGAUAACGGUAGUGUGAACGGGUCCCAAGGGGGACAUCAGGGUGAUUUCCAAGUACUGGAUCUGGCCAUGUGGUGUAUGGGGUAUGUGGUGGUCAAUUUUUGUCAGACCUCGGGACACCUAUGUCCAAAAUAAGGGAUUUAAAGGCAUUGACUUUAUAAUAGCUAAUGUUACCAAAGUCCUGGAGAAUGGAGGACACACCAGUUAUAUUAUACAAAACAACGGAUAGCGUCCAGGCACUGCAGAGCAAUAGAGUAGCCGUAGAAACGGGUAUGGAACGGGGCUGCUAUAACAAGGACACCUGUUGCUAUAUGGUAGGGGAAUGUGUGGUGCGGCUUCAACCCA